AGAAGUCCUGCCUGCCAGGCCCCAGGCACUGCUGCUGGGCUCAGCCUGCUCUUAUUAUGAAGAGAAUUCUUCCUUGUUUUCAAAAAUGAAACUCUUCGCUGCUCUCCCUAUUGUGCAUUCUUCACUUUGAAAUGCAGAAGAAGCAAGUCUGAAGCUGCUGUUGAGACCAGGGGAAACUGGAGACUUCUUUCAGGACAUUUGGUGCUCAACCCAGGUCCACUCUGUGUUUCUAAGAGCACAGUGAGGCUGCUGGAGAAUCAGAACCUCCUGAGUCAGAAGAGUGAUAAGCAAUGAGUUCCAAGCAGCAGCUUGUGAAGCUAAACGAUGGUCACUUCAUUCCAAGACUGGGAUUUGGCACAUAUAAACCUGAAGAGGUUCCUGAAAAUAAGCCACUGGAGGCUAUAAAUUUAGCUAUCGAGGCUGGGUACCGCCAUAUCGAUACUGCUUAUGUGUAUCAAACAGAAAAGGAUGUAGGGCAGGCUAUUCGAAGCAAGAUUGCAGCUGGUCUUUUGAAGAGAGAAGACAUAUUCGUCACUACAAAGCUUUGGUGUACUUUCCAUAGACCAGAGCUGGUUCAAUCUAACUUGGAAAAAUCAUUGAAAAACCUUCAACUGGAUUAUAUUGACCUCUAUAUUAUUCAUUACCCAGUGCCUAUGAAGCCAGGAGAGGAUCUGUUUCCAGUAGACGAACAUGGGAAAGCAUUAUUGGACACUGUGGAUAUCUGUGCCACAUGGGAGGUCAUGGAGAAGUGUAAGGAUGCAGGAUUGGUCAAGUCCAUCGGGGUGUCCAACUUUAAUAGCAGGCAGCUGGAGAAAAUCCUGAAUAAACCUGGGCUUAAGUACAAGCCUGUCUGCAACCAGGUGGAAUGUCAUCUUUACCUGAACCAGAGCAAGCUGUUAAACUACUGCAUGUCAAAGGACAUUGUUUUAGUUGCCUACUGUGCUCUUGGAUCUCAACGACCUAAGCGAUGGGUGGACCCAAGUUCCCCAGUUCUCUUAAAUGAUCCAGUUCUUUGUGAAGUGGCAAAAAAGCACAAGCAAAGUCCAGCCCAGGUUGCUCUUCGUUACCAUCUUCAACGAGGAAUUGUGGUCCUUGCCCAGAGUUACAAAGAAAAUGAGAUAAAAGAGAACUUACAGGUAUUUGAAUUUGAGCUGCCUUCAGAGGAUAUGAAAAUCCUAGAUGGCCUGAAUAGAAAUUUAAGAUAUGCACCUGCUCCAUUUGGGGAGGGCCACCAAGAAUACCCCUUUUCUGAUGAAUUUUAGUGUGGAGGCCUGUGACAUGACUUCUAUCCCAAGUCUUGGGAUAUAUGGACACUGAUGUGGGUGACAUCAGAGAUGCUGUCAAUUGAACAUCACUUCUGCUCAAUCUGAACUGCUUAACAAUGCAACUUCAUCUAGAGCUGGGCCCACCAGUCCACCAUAACUCAUUAAACUUUCAUUAUGUUUUGAAAUAAUGAUAA